AUGAUCUGGGGUGGUGCCGCUGCUGCCGGUGUGGCCACCUUCACUGAUGGUGUUCCAUUGUUCAAGAACACCUUCUACACCAAGAUCCCAUACUUCGGUUCUCACUGGGAGUACAACCCAGACCCAGAGGAUGUUCCAGUCUAA